AUGUGCGGCAGGUCAGAAACUGCGGUGGGAAAACCGUUACUGGCAGAACGAUGUAUUUUGUGGCCACCAACCACCACAACGAGGCAGCGGUGCCGAGUCGCUGCAGAACCCGGGAUACAUCGUGGCGCCGGAAGUGCUGGCAGCGGAAAGGAGCUUUUUCAGCAUUUCAUGAAGCGAUGCUUGGAGGUGGACCUCUCGAGGCUCACAGCUAUUGAGGGCCGCCAUGCUGGCGAUGGCAAAAUUUGGACGCUCUUCAGAGGAUGCGGAUCAUUCGGGUGUCGACGCGCCACCGAGAAAGCCCUGGCUCCAAAGCCAUAUUUGAAAAAACCACGCCGUGAUGCUCCGUGCAGUGUGGCCGAGACCAUCGAUAUGGAGGGCCCACAGCAGUUCCUGGAGAUGCCGCGCAUCUUCGAAGAGGUGUGA